CAACAACAAUAACACCGUCACGCUGGUGUUUUUUGCCUACACGAUACCGUGCCAAGCCCAAAGCACACCCAACCAUGCCUUCUGCUCCCCGUAAGCAAUCAAAGACUUACAAGGUUCCCCGUCGUCCCUACGAGUCGGCUCGUCUUGAUGCCGAGCUCAAGUUGGCUGGUGAGUAUGGCUUGAGAAACAAGCGCGAAAUCUGGCGUGUUGCCCUUACCCUCUCCAAGAUUCGUCGUGCUGCUCGUGAGCUUUUGACCUUGGACGAGAAGGACCCUAAGCGUCUCUUCGAGGGUAACGCUAUUAUCCGUCGUCUUGUUCGUUUGGGUAUCCUGGACGAGACCCGUAUGAAGUUGGAUUACGUCUUGGCUCUCCGUAUUGAGGACUUCUUGGAGCGUCGUCUCCAAACCCAAGUCUUCAAGCUUGGUCUUGCCAAGUCUAUCCACCACGCUCGUGUCUUGAUCCGUCAACGCCACAUCCGUGUUGGUAAGCAAAUUGUCAAUGUCCCCUCCUUCGUUGUUCGUUUGGACUCUCAAAAGCACAUUGACUUUGCCCUCACUUCUCCCUACGGUGGUGGACGCCCCGGCCGUGUGAGAAGAAGAAAGCUCCGUGCCCAAGAGGGUGCUGAGAACGCCGAGGAGGAAGAGUAGAUGACCAACUUCUCAUAGCCAUAAAAGAUUACCUUGGGUAAAUGGAUUUCUCGGUGGACAGCUAAAAUGUGAGGUGUGAUUGAAUAGGGGAGAAGUUUGUGUAUUG